AUGCUUUCGCGUGUGUCUCGAGUGGCGCUCCGCAGCGCGGCCGCGCGCCGUACAUGUGUGAGCAACAUGCGCCUGACCCAGGUGGCCUUCUUCUCUGAGGAGGUUGCUAAGGUGCCGGCCACCGCUGAGGAGGAGAUGGCGCUGAGCCCGAAGGUGCAAACCGUACUGGAUCAGAUCCUUGACCUUAACAUGGUGGAGAUCGCCGAGCUCUCACACGCAAUCCAGACCAAGUUCGGUAUUGCCGAGUCUGCAUUCCAGGUUGGCAUGGGUGGUGGUGCUGCUGGUGGUGCUGCUCCUGCUGCUGAGGAGGCCAAGGAAGAGAAGACCGCUUUCGAUGUAAAGCUCGCCAGCUUCGAUGCCAAGAGCAAGAUUAAGGUUAUCAAGGAGGUGCGCGCCAUCACUGGUCUGGGUCUCAAGGAGGCCAAGGAGCUCGUGGAGGGUGCCCCCAGUACAUUAAAGAAGGACGUGAAGAAGGAGGAUGCGGACGCCCUCAUUGAGCAGCUCAAGGCGGUAGGCGCCGUUGUGGAGUUGGAAUAG